AUGCAUCGCUUUUUUGCAGAGCUGGAGCCAUCUCUAUCCGUCACAUGGCAGAGUUAUAAUCUGUGCUAUUUGGUGACUAGAGACGUAUCUUUCUUCAUCGAAGAUGUGGGGGAUGCGGUGCCACUAGAUGCGCAACAAACUGCAUAUGUGGAUGCUGCCGUCAACAUUCCAUUUGUGGCUAAUUCAAACGAUGAUGGAAUAGUCUUCUACGAACUAGAGAAAAUGAGGAGUAUAUUGGAAGAGUCGAUGCUGGAAACGCGCAGCAUGCCUCUCGAAAAUCGACCGCGACUUCCCCGCAUAGCUCUUAGCAAGCGAAAUCGGGCUGUCGUGCGGGCUCUUAACCCAAUGCUGGUGACCUAUUUGGAAGCCAGCCGGGACCUUUGCGAGACGGAUUCAAUUCUUUUUUGGCGCCGCACUGGCAGUAUGCCGUAUUAUUGGCGCCAAACUUCCCCGUGGCUGGACGUGCUACUCAAAUAA